AUGUUUGCGAAGCUGUUAAGCUUUUCUUUCUUCAAAACUUUGCUUUUGUCAUCAGAACACAGCAUUAACGUCGUGAUAAAAAUCUACCAACAAUUAGCAAAAUUAAUUCGAAGUUAUGCAAUGGAAAGAGAAGAAAAAAAACUUUUUUUUUCAUCGAAUGACUUUCUAAGUCAUUUGUUGGCUAUUCAUUUUUAA